CUAGCCCAGCCUCGCCCUCCUUAAAUGAUCCAUCCGUAGCCACAGAAACCCAGCCUUCAUCCGGAAAAGGCCAGGUAGCAUUGCGAACUGUCGGUCUGGUCUUGAUCUCCUUCACUUUGCGAUCAGCAACACCAACAAUCUGCUUUCCUUUGGCAAUAUCUCUCCCAUCCUUCGGUGCAAUUGCAAACAAGGUGUCCGCGUAACUACACAGGUAUCUUCGUGUUGCUUCGAGAGGGGCAGGUACCCUCUGUUGACUCUCUCCCCUCAUCAAUUCAUCAGCAACUAACCUUUCAAUUAUCAUUUCUCUCCCCUCAUCAAUUCAUCAGCAACUAACCUUUCAAUUAUCAUUGCUGACGGAGCGAGUAAACACUCAUAUAUACCCCAAGCAAGCAAAGCAAACACAGAGCCACACUCGGCCACUCACACCUGCUAGCUAAAGCUAGGCCGGAGCAGAGCCAUGGCACCGACGUCUCCGAGCUCCACGGCCCGGCUCCUCCUCACCAUAGCCCUCGGCCUCCUCCUCCUCACCAAUGCGCACCCGCUGACCCCUUCCCCAUCAAAGAAUCCCCCAACGAAGACUAAGUCCACGAAUGGCAUCUCGCCGGAGCUGGUGUCCACGCUGCGCGAGACGCUGGAGGCGAUCAAGGGCGUGGUCUCCAUCAUCUCCUCCUUCCCCAUCGGCGGCAUCCUCGGCGGCGGCGACCUGCGCCUCACCUCCGCCGUCGCCGACUGCCUCGAUCUCCUCGACCUCUCCUCCGACGAGCUCUCCUGGUCCAUGUCUUCGUCUUCCUCGUCCUCCAGCAGCAGCAGCUCACGCCCCGGCACCGGCGACGCGCACGCCGACGUCCGGUCCUGGCUCAGCGGCGCGCUCGGCAACCAGGACACCUGCAAGGAGGGCCUCGACGAGACCGGAUCGAUCCUGGGCUCGCUCGUCUCCACGGGGCUGGAAGCCGUCACCUCUCUGCUAGCCGACGGGCUGGGCCAGGUCGCCGCCGUGGGCCACGACGACGACCGGCGCGGGCUCGUCGAGACGGGCCGGGCACUACCGCAUUGGGUGGGCCGGAGGGAGCGGCGGCUGCUGCAGAUGGCGGUCGGGCCGGGGGGCCUGGCGGUGGACGCCGUGGUGGCGCAGGACGGGAGCGGCAACCACACCACGGUGCAGGCGGCGCUGGACGCGGCGCCGUCGGAGAGCGGCGCCCGCUACGUGAUCUACGUGAAGCGAGGGGUGUACAAGGAGACCGUGGAGGUGAAGAAGAAGAAGUGGAACGUGAUGCUGGUGGGCGACGGCAUGGGCGCCACCGUCAUCUCCGGCCGCAGGAACUACGUCGACGGAUACACCACUUACCACACGGCCACCGUCGCCGUGACGGGCAAGGGGUUCAUGGCGCGGGACCUGACGGUCGAGAACACGGCGGGGCCGGCGAAGCACCAGGCGGUGGCGCUGCGGUGCGACUCGGACCUGUCCGUGUUCUACCGGUGCGCCUUGGAGGGCCACCAGGACACGCUGUACGCGCACUCGCUCCGGCAGUUCUACCGCGACUGCCGCGUGUCGGGCACCGUGGACUUCGUCUUCGGCAACGCCGCCGCCGUGUUCCAGAACUGCCUCCUCCUGCCCCGCGCCCCGCUCCCGGAGCAGAAGAACUCCGUCACCGCCCAGGGCCGCAUCAACGGCACCAUGAACACGGGUUUCGCCUUCCAGUUCUGCAACGUCUCCGCCCACGACGAUCUCCUCGCCGCCGCAGCCAACCGGAGCGGCAGCAACAACAAGCAGGCCGCAACGCAGACUUACUUGGGCAGGCCGUGGAAGGAGUUCUCCAGGGUGGUGUUUAUGCAGUCGUACAUCGGCGCCGUGGUGCGGCCCGAAGGGUGGCUCGCGUGGGACGGGGACUACGCGCUCGACACGCUCUACUACGGGGAGUACAUGAACACGGGCCCUGGCGCGGGCGUUGCGGGGAGGGUCGGCUGGCCCGGGUACCACGUGAUGACGAGCCCCGCGGAGGCCAGCAACUUCACCGUGGCGCAGUUCAUCGAGGGGAACAUGUGGUUGCCGCCCACCGGCGUCAGGUUCACGGCCGGCCUCACGUCUUGAUCCGUCGAGACUGAGCCAGCCUCUGAGGGACUGGUAUGGGUACAGAGAUAGUCGUAUUACAAUGCAUACUGUGUGGUGUAUGCAGUCAAUUCAUUUAGGAAGGUCAUUACUUUGUGGCUGCGGAAUGGCAAGAGCAGAUUAAAGGUUGUGUGUACGAAGCAGCGAUGGGGAUUUUUCUUGGCACGUUUUGCAGUACUCUGUUUUGUUGAUUUUUCCCUUUUCAUCAGCGACCCUGUUUUGUUGAUUAACGAUCCGAAA